UGGUUUUGGUUGUUGAAGUACGAGUGGACAAGAGCGUCUCCUCUUGUCACCUGCAUCCAGUGGAGGACUAAAUCUUGGCCAGCCUGGAAGCUGCACGGUUGGAAUAAGAUCAGACGGGCUGUGAACGCCUCACUCACCUCCUCUGGCACAACUCAGAAAGACUUUUAUCACCAGAAGGCGUCACUAAAGAUCACCUCUGGAUGCUGCAGCAGAUAAUAAAACUUUCAUCCAGAAGAGGGUCCGGCUCUGUGUCCCUGCAGCGAGGCAGUACGUGCUGAUAUCGGCCCCCGGAGCUCCUCACUGACCCGCCGGCUGUGAUGGUGCUGGUGUAACACUUGUACAUCCCCUGGUCCUGAAUCUGAACCCCUGUGAGCCGGAGCGAGGCAUUUCCUUUGGAGAUCUGGUCUUUAAACAGCGACGUCCUACUGCUAAAGCGCUGGUUCUGGAGUCCUAACUGAUCUGCGCCAUGGUAAUAAGAGUGGACCUGGACCUGGGGGUUCCCUUCCACCAUAAUCCAGUGAAUGACAACUUCGGCACCAGCCUGAAAACUGCACGGUAGGCCAGCAUGCCGGCCAGAGCCAGAACCAGCACCGCGAUCACCAGACCCACAAUCCACCAUGUCCCCAAUACUGUGAUAUGAACCUCAGAGAAUAUCCCAAUUUGUUUCUCAUAUUUUUGAAAGCUCACCGACAGGCCCGUCGAUGGCGAGGUCGGUGCGGUCGGUGUGUGUGUUGCGCGGCACGGAGAACACACACGUGUAGGUGCCCGUGUGGUCUGAGUGUUGGGGGUCCAUCAGGCGCAGGGAGCCGUCUCCAAACGGGACCCUGAAGCCGUCCAGCUCCACGUGGCUGUCCCACGGCGGCGAGGAGGCGCUUUUCCCCGACUGGCUGUCGUAGGUGAGGAUGUUGGACGGGUCCUCGCCGUUGGAGAAGCUCCAGUGGAGGAAAGGGUUGUUGAGCGAGGCGGUCCAGGCCGGACCCCCGUAGGAGCUGGUGACUUUGCAGAUGUAGAUGAGGCCCGGCAGUCCGUUGAGCCUCUUGAGGCGGCUGUCCACCGUGUACAGGCCCUGCUUGUCGGCCAGCAUGCGAGUGACCGGUCGGAGGUCCUCGAAGGUGGGCGGCUCGGUCGCCCAGGUGACUCGAGGAGCCGGGAAGACAUUGCGGACGGUGCACUUCAUCUCCUCGUAGCCGCUCAGCCUGGACAGCACCAGAGUCAGGCCUCGGAUCGGUGCUACACACACACAAAGACGCACACAAAGACACACACAGCAUGCUGAAAUGUUUCCCAGCAGCCCCUGAUGACAGACUCUAAAUGCCAGCGCCCGAUAUAGCCUGACAUUAUUCUGAUGCAGAUAACAUUAGAGCUCCAUUAACACAGUAUAAUGCCACCACAGACAGUUCUUACAGACACUGGAAAUACUUUCAGAUGCCACUUUUGUUUACACAGAGCAGAGAGGAGAGGACAGGAGAGGCUGAAACAUUCAAUAUGUACAAUAUGUGGAGACAGUUCUACAUCUCUUUUGUGGUGUUGCCUUUUCGGUAUUAUUACAUCUUCUUUUGGUUGUUUUGUUUCUUUUUUGAUAUUUUUAUGUCUUUUUUUGGUAAUUUUGUCUCUUUUUUACACCAUGCAAAUACUUCAAUAUAUACAGUAUAUUGAGGAACAAACUCUUCAGCUUUUUUUGGGUUAUUCAUUUAUUUAUUUGUGUUUUUACGUCUUCUUUUGGUUGUUUCGUGUCAUUUUUUGGUUGUAAUUAUUCUUUCUUUUUUUUAUAACAUAUGUGACACUUGUGGGCACUUUGAAAAGUGUUCAUACAUAAAUUCCAUUUUAUUCUAAUAAAACUCUUUUUUUCCGGGGAAAAAUAUAAAUAAUAAGAUGUCACUUUUCUUCACUGAUGUAGAAGCCCUAAUGUUGCUUUCUUUGUUGCAGAGCCUCUGGGGGGCUGCGUGGCAGAAAAAUAUGUUGGCAUGGACAUCUGUGUGCAGAAGGGCUGGAAGUAAUCUUGAAGUAAUGAUACACCUCAGACUGAAGGCAGAUCAGUCAAAGCUACUGGACAAAGAGGUGUUUGUGUCCUACCUGGGGUUUUGUCCUGCGUGGCAAGGCUGAUCCACAGGAGGAAACAGGCCCAGAGCGGACACAGGGACAGGACUGAAAUCACCACCAUCUGUCAGUGACAUGCCGGGAAAUGUGUGUGAAAGCUGAGAAAACACUCACAGUGACUCAGCUGGAGCUCCGCUUCAUAUGCAAUCCGGGAAAAAAGAGGAAGAAGAAGAAGAAGAAGAAGAGUCGAGCCUCGGGCUGAAUGAGCGUUAGCUUGACUGGAUCAACAGGGAAGCCGUGCCACAGUUCACACAGGUCACACCACUCCUGGACGCUGGACUCCAGUAGAACCAGUCUGGGGGUUAAAGAGAGAGCCUCAGGUUAGUGAAAGAUUGCUGUGGCCGUAGAUAAGAGGAUUAGAGUGGAAUUAGUGUCAUUCCUCUAUCGCCGCGAGGAAUAGAUUCAUAUCGAUUUUAAUCAGAGAUAGAAAGAUCCGUCAAAAAACAGCAGAAAGAACAGAGCGGGACAGACGGCGAGGGCGAGAGGAGCGGGUGGAUGAAGCAGCGGCGGGAGAUUCCUGGAGAUCAUCGCGGCCGGAGCUGCACAGACAUCUGCUGCACAGACACAUGCAUGAAGAAACAUACACACAUGCAUUUAAAGCACAACGCCACUCAUGCAUUCGCCUUCAUCCUGGAGCUCUCUGGUUGAGGAACCUUCCAGCCGGCGUGGGAUGUUUGCCUGUUUGCGUUAGUCUGCGGGCCGUGUGGACGGUGGAGCCGGCGAUGCUGGCGUGGUGUCAGCUGUGGCGGGGAAACCUGUGAGACGAUGAAGGUGGACGUGCUGACGUGCCUGGCUCUGGCCGCCGCCAGCUUCGUAGCCACGGUGACCAGCGGCCGCAGCACCGGACGCAGGAAGCACAAGGAGGUCUUCCUCGGGGAGAACAGCAAGUUCAAGUUCGGAGGACGUAUUGACUACAAGCUGAAGAGACAGGACAGCACCAAAACACUGCUAAUAAAAACAGAGCAGCUGCUGAGGAUCGAGGAGCACGACUUCGCCAUGAGACCGGGCUUCGGAGGUGCAGCUAUCCCUGUGGGCAUCGAUGUGCAGGUGGAGAGCAUCGACAGCAUCUCAGAGGUCAACAUGGACUUCACCAUGACUCUGUACCUGCGUCACUACUGGAAAGACGAGCGGCUGGCGUUCCCGUCCAGAAACAACCAGAGCAGGACGUUCGACUCGAGGCUGGUGAAGAAGAUCUGGGUCCCCGACGUCUUCUUCGUCCACUCCAAGCGCUCCUUCAUCCACGACACCACCAUGGAGAACAUCAUGCUGCGGGUCUACCCCGACGGGAACAUCCUCUACAGCGUCAGGGUGACGGUGACGGCUCUCUGCUCCAUGGACUUCAGCAGCUUCCCUCUGGACACACAGAACUGUUCACUGGAGCUGGAGAGCUAUGCGUACAAUGAGAACGACCUGAUGCUUUACUGGAAGAACGGGAACGACUCUCUGAGGACCGAUGAGAUCGUCUUAUCUCAGUUCUUCAUUGAACACUUCCACGCCUCCAGUGGCCUCGCUUUCUACAGCAGCACCGGUUGGUACAACCGUCUGUUCAUUAACUUCAUCCUGCGGAGGCACAUCUUCUUCUUCAUGCUGCAGACGUACUUCCCCACCAUGCUGAUGGUGGUCCUGUCCUGGGUCUCCUUCUGGAUCGACCGCAGGGCCGUGCCUGCACGCGUCUCCCUGGGUAUCACCACCGUGCUCACCAUGUCCACCAUCAUUACCGGAGUGUCCUCCUCCAUGCCUCAGGUGUCGUACGUGAAAGCGGUGGACAUCUACCUGUGGACCAGCUUCCUGUUUGUCUUCCUGUCUGUGAUCGAAUACGCGGCGGUGAACUACUGCACCACUCUGGAGGAGAUGAGGAAGAUGAAGAGGGGGAAGAUCCCGUCCACCUUCAACGCCAGCCAGGCGAUGGCCUUCGACGGCUGCUUCCACGACAACGACAUCGAGCUGACUCCGUUCUCUCGCAUGCCGCCCACCCUGACCUCUGACCCCCUGGCCACGCCGGCCCAGUCCCCGGACAUCCGGCCCACGGAGGGAACCCGCCUCCGCCGGCAGCGCUCCGUGCGUGAGAACGUGGACCUGUUCGUCAGCAACAGCUACAUGAUCGACUCGUACUCCCGCCUGGCGUUCCCGCUGUCCUACCUGCUGUUUAACACCAUCUACUGGAGCCUGUACUCCUGAUCCAGCAGCAGAGAGCAUGCUGGGAGAUUCUGCUCUCCUCGGGGCUCUGCGGCCACUUUGCAGAGCUGCUUCAGCUCCGGCUUCACCGGGUUAAAAGCACUCCAGCUCCUCGGACUGUGCACUAUCUCGCCCUGACAUUUGUCUCCUGGGAGCGGAUUAAUCCUGAGUCGCAAAUCCUAAUUUGUUUUUUUUUUUAGAAUGAAUGUGUGACUCUAAUCUUAAACUGCAUGGAAACAGUUAUUAAACCACCCUUUUUCUUCAAUUUCUUGUUCAUUUUUAAUGCCUGCU